CGCGUCAUAACAACUUCCGGUAUUUUUGUUAUCUGUGGUUAUUAUUGUACAGCGGAAUAUCCUUGCUGCGACGUCAUAUAACAUGGCGGACGAGAGAGGUUUGAAAAUAAACAAAACUCACCACCGCAAAGUGCAAAGCUUAUCGCUUAGUUCCUGCCCUGAAAAGCUUCGCAUCCAUCUACUAGAACGUAACGAUCCGGCAGUUUUUGAUGGCGCAGCAAGGCAGUGGGUAUGUUGUAACUGGACACCAGAAUUUCUGGCUCAGGAACUUCGCGAUCUUCGAACAAGUUUUCGAUUUUGUGCGAGACAGAACCCGUCUGUCAAUGGAAAUUCGUGUAAGAAAACCAUUAUGGAAACAGACUGUGAAUUUGAGAAAGCAAGCUUUGACGAGUUUUGUCAAUGGUUGAAUGGCUGCACAGAAAGAUCGGGAUGUUUGUCUCGUUUUCAAAGGUAAUAAAGACCAAUUAUGAUAGAUAAUAACUUGUAUCCUACUGCUAAUAUGGAAAAAGCGGGUGUGUCGCGCCAUAUUGUACACAGGUCCAAUCUCAAUCAUGGCUGGCCAUGGUCUUGACCUUGCCAAUACAAACAUAAACAAACAAAUUAUAAUCCGGCACUCAAGAGAACAAUAAACGUGCCACCAAAAAUACAGCUUUAGGUUUGUGUAUUGAGUCCUCUCUUGUUAAUCAUUUUAAUGAUCGGUGAAAUAUUGACUGAGUGGGAGAGAUCAACAACACCGCCAGCGAAAAGGAAAUGGUUUUUAACCGCAGAUGCAAAUUAGCAACAAGAACCAAAGAUAUUGGUUGAAACGUUACAAGAGUGGACAGGUAGACGAUAAGACGCCAUGGAAGGGUCGAGUAAAAGUGUGUUUUGACCGUAGUCCUAAUUCUAUUGUUCCAUUCACGUGAAUCAAAGCCGGCAAGAAUGAAUUCUGCUCCGAACGUGAUCGGUUUGGUUGUUAUUUAUAUUUAAUUCAGGACAUGAACUUUAAGCAUUCAAGUCAAAGCUUACCAUGCUUACGACCGAAGCCGGUAAAAUUUCCGUACAGCCCCAUACUACAUUAUGCAUUCAGUUCUUGAAUAGAGAAAACAAUUACAAAAACAAUACAUUGCCAUUGGGAAAACAGAUUUGUUUUACAAUAGUAUGGGGCUGUGCGGAAAUUUUACCCCAAAGCCUAAUGUUGCCAGAUGGUUUUCAUUGUUUUGUAAUGCCUUAAAUUUGCAAGAAAAUAUUUUCUUAUUUCCACAAUUCUGCUGGUUUAAGCCACCAGUGAGCUUAUAGGUUACAGACAGGAUAUUGCAUCAUGCUAUUGCGAUAUCAAUGACAAGUAAACAGAACAGAAAAAAAAACAAAAAACAACUGUAACAGCAUAAAACCUUACAAGGAUACCAGACACGAUACAUCAAGAUACUUUCAUUUUCAAAUUACUCAUUCAGUGAAGUUGUCCCUGCAUUAUUUUUCCUACUUUGUUCUCAAAUUGCCACAUUUAUAUUUCUUUCUUACAGCCUAUGAUGUCUUGAACAACAGAUUAAAAUCAGCAUGAGCCCUCCCCUUUUCCUAAUCUAUGUUUUAGAAUCAUUUGACUAGCUCAAAUAUUUGCAUUAAACAAACACAUGUUGUGAGGUGGAUACUGACUCAGUCAAACAUUCUUUUUACCUUUUAUUAGAACAAUAAAUGACGCUAUUUUUGUAACUGAAAAUUAAAUAUGUUAACAGCAUUUCUUGUUGAUGAAAUUUGACAACUUCUAUAUCCUAACUGAUACCUAAGGAGCUAAGUAGAAUAACUUAUUCCAGGGUUUGGUUGUUAAUUGCAUCAAAUCAGGGGAGUUCUUUGACAAGAGCAGUUGCUAUCAGCACAGUAAAUGCAUCUAGUUUACUAUGGUGGCUGUUCUUUGUCUUGUCCUUGUCUCUGGAUGAAUAUUUAAUUAAUUUGGACCUAUACAUAGGAGUUAUUGUCUGAGAGGUCCUACUCAAGUCACUCACUCUUAAUUAUGAAGUCUUAAGGCACUUGCCCUCCAUGUUAGGCUUCAAAACAAUGUGGCAUAAAGCUGUGGUGUUUGGUGGAAAUUCAUACAUGUUAUUUUUUCCUUUUUCAACAAGUUUACUUUUAUCAUUUAACCACUGGGAUGAUCUUGUUAUCCUUGACUUUGCCUGCUCAGUUGAUACAUGAAAGGAAAUUAUAGCAAAAGAUAGGCAGGCAUAUACCAUUUAGAAUUUAUAUUCUUCUCUCAGUCAAGUGGCAAACCCUGUAUGGGAAUCAAGUGUCACUUCAUAUUAUUCAUUUUUUUAAGUAACUUUUAAUAUCCGUACAUGAAAAACUAUUUUGUAAAAUAAUAAAGGUGAAGUCUGUACCUGAGCCAAGCGGCCCAUCCAACUGUAAUUUAUGAUGGUUUGUGUAAUAAAUGAGAACUAGGAGUAUUGCUAUUCCUUGAAUAGGAUGCAUGAAUAAUGCAUGAAUUGUAAAACCCUAAAGUAGUACCUAGUGGAAAUUUAUGUCAGUUUUGGUCACAAGAAUGUGAUCCCCCAUUGGGUGCCACAAAAUAUAUAUGUACAAAAUAUAUGGCAUGAUAUACCCAGAUAUAUAUAUAUAUGAAUUACGGUCAACUCGCCGACGGACCAACUCGCCGACGCCAACUCGCCGACGUAUAAAAUCGAGUAGAGACGCGAGUUGGUCAUCAAUCCAAUACAACUUAUUAGAAGUUAAACAUACAGAAAAGUAAACGAUAUUUAGUAAAAAAACACUGGUGAACAUUGGUGAACAUCUAACAGAAGCUUAAACAUUGGUGAACAUUGGUGAACAUCAUCAAUGACUAUAACAGCUUAAGACGCGAACGAGUUAUUGUGCGACAACAACACCGUAAAGACUUAUCAUGUCAAUCGCUCAGAUUUUUUAAAGAAAACUUGGCUUUCUAGACGAGAUCUUUGGUAAAAAGUAUUUCUUUUUAUUUGCAACAAAGUUUAUAAGGAUCUCAAGGCGAAUAAAGUGAAGUAAACAUAUAUAUACACCCUUUUUCAAAAUUUAAAAAGUUUAAAAUAUAUUUUGAAUAUAUAUAUAUAUAUUUACUGUUCUAUUCAAAAACUGUUUCUUUUUGAUGAGAAAAGAAAAGGUACAUAUAAAUUAAGUUUAUUUUAACUUGACAACAUUUUUGAAAAUGUAUAUAUUUGUUUUAGUUGUUUUUACAAAUACAUGAUCAAGUCAGUACCUUUAUUAGAAAACAAAUUUGAAUCAAAUACAAUGAAUCAUUAGGUGUGACAAGAUACUGAUGUAAAAGAGGCUUUAAUUUUUUUUUUGUUUACUUUUUAGACAAAACUAUUGGUGCUAUGCAGAUUACAAAUAUAUGGCUGAAUUAUUCAAAGAUUUUCCUCAUUUACGUAAGUCUGUUGACUGGAGCUGCUUUGGUUUUCCUGAGAGAAGUGGUGAUGAAUCAACAAUAUGGAUUGGAAGUGCUGAAGCAUCAACUCCAUGUCAUGUUGAUACAUAUGGUUGUAAUUUAGUUGCACAGAUCUAUGGGACAAAGAGAUGGAUUCUCUUUCCACCAAGUGAAACCUCCAACUUGUAUCCAACCAGAAUUCCUUAUGAGGAAUCCAGUGUGUUUAGUCAAGUUAACAUCACCAAUCCAGAUUUAACAAGGUUUCCAGCCUUUGAAAAUGUUCUUCAAUAUGAGGUGUUUGCCUUUUUUACAGUAAAUGUUCUUAAAGCCUCCCUAAAAAGUGCCCCCCCCCUCCUCCCCUCCUUUAUCUAGAACUAGCACUCCUUCAAACAAAAACUUUCAUUUGUAGUUUGUUGUUCUUCUGUCUGGGCUAAUUACCGUUGAACCUGUAUUAACUCUUAAACUCCUAGAAGUGAUUAACAUGAAACUUCUUCCCAUGAUAUUCAUACAUUAUCCAGCAAACAGAUAACAAGAGCACUCAAAUGUAUCAGGUAGAAAUUUUUAUCCUGAUCUGACACAAAAUUCUCAUCACUAAUUUACAAGGAAAUGUGUAGAAGCUAGAUGGGAGAAUUUGCAAUCAAAACUUGGGAGUUAAAGGGUUAAGUGGCACUGUAUUAAACAGUUACCCAGUAUAAUGGGGUCGGUUGUCUAAGUCCUGAAUUUGAACAAUUGAGCCCCCCUCAAAUCUCCCACUUAGCUCUGAUUUGGCUUAUGUUACAUUCAACAACACCGUAUUGUUGUAAGUGGAGAAAAAUGCUGUGGCUUAUAAUGUAAGAGGAGGGGGAGGGUGGUGACAACUCACAUAUCUAAGAGAUGGGAGAGCUUGUUUUCACAGAGUCAUUGUCAGCCUCUUUGUUUUAUAUACAUCCCAUUUGAGUCCAAUGUCUGUACAAUACAAAGUGCUAAGUAAAAGUAGAGGCUGCUGGUGUCAGAGUUAAUAAAGUUAUUUUCCCUUGUAGAUAAUUCUUAAACCUGGUGAUGUUCUGUUUGUGCCUAAGAAGUGGUGGCAUUAUGUGGAAUCAUUAGAAACAUCAAUAAGCAUCAACACAUGGAUUGAACUGGUGUGUAUGAACAACACAGGUUAUUUUACUCUGAUCCAUUCAUGUACAUUUAUACUACUCCCUAGUCUCUUUAUCUAAAUGCCAUCAUAAUAGUGAUGGUUCAUAAGUGGAAAUGUUUAUACCAUUUGAAGCUUUCUCAAACUGUGCAAUAUUAUGGGAAAAGUUGUAUUAGCCUUCAGUUGGGUAAUUAACUUUGAGUGAUGCUAGAUAUGAUUGAUUUUCAACAUAUAAUAUUUGAAUGCCAUUAUGAUAUGUUAUUUAAUGUCAAUUUUUUUCAUAUGUUGCUGUGAAUGAUAGAUGAAGUUUUACCUUUUUGAAUUUUGACUAAAUGACUGUAAACUGUCAUCACUUUAUAACUUAAAGAUACAUACAUUUUUAGUGAUCCAACUGUAAUCAAAUGUUUAUUUUCAAACAAAUUUGCAAAUGAAAAUCAGGCAUCCAACAUACAUGAGUUCUCUUCUCAGAAAGUCUGAAUUUUCUUAUUUACCAAAGUUAUAUAAGAUAUGUGAUCACAAAGUUGUAAAUAAUAACAAUAUUGUUAAUCACCUCUUUUUCAAUGUUUUUUUAUUUUUUUACGUAACAAGGAAAGUGAUCACUUGGAGAGAGUCAAAGAGGCACUUAUCAGAACUCUGGUGGGUGGAGAAUUGUUUGUAUAAAUGUAUUCUGCCAUAAUGCAUAUCUAGAAGUUCAAGUGUCUUAUAUUCUAGACUUAUUUUGUUGCUCUCUAAGUAUUGUUGCUAAGAAUUGCAUGUUUAAAACUAAGCAACCCUUGAUAAUGGCAACACCUUGGGUGCCUAACCAAGGAGAGGGGCUUAUUUAGUUUUGUCAUUGUGGUCAGGUGCUUAAUUGAGGGGAGGGGCUAUUUCAAGGGUUUGCAGUGUAAGGAUACUGGAACAAAUCUGAAUUGCAAAUUGUUAAAUCACCAACUACAUGAAAAUGAUAGUCCUCCCCCCCUGAACUGUAAUAGUAGAAUGAAUUUAGUGGAAAAAAGAGAAAAUAUACUCCUUACAGUCCGAUUUUGUUUUUUGUUUUUUAAGAAACAUGUUUAUGGAUUUACCUUAAACCCUUGAUUUGUUCAACAAUAUUGUGAUUUGAAGAAAUGACUAUCAAAAAGAAUUAUUGUUGUACAGGGUUAUGUUUGAUAAUCCAGGAGUAAAGUGCCUUUUAAACUUAAAAUAGCCUCUUUUAUUCAUUGUUUCAAGGUGUCUGCCUUAAAGAAGGAGGAGGGAGCAGCUGAAGUAACAUGGCUGAACCCAUCAGAGGUGACUAUGACUUCUGUGUUAUCUCAAAAUUCAAAUAAUUUCUAUGCAUUUAUCUUGAUGUCUUAUGGGAAAUUGUGCACAUUAUGUGAUCAAAUUGUGUACUCAAUAUAGGCAGCAAAAUUAACAUAUGGUUUUGUGUGAGCUCUGACUAAUUAUUAAACAUCAGUGCAAGCAACAGUGGCCAUUGGAUUAGACUUGAAAUUUAUGUUGCUGUUCUUGUCUAAACAUGAAAUGAACUACACUCACUGCAUGCAAACAUAAUCAUUAUUACAAAAAAGUGAAAAUCAGACCUUUCUGUGCACUUGUCUAGAAGUGAGAUUUGCAUUCAUGCAUUGAGUUCUUUGCUUUCCAGGAAAUUGGAACACAUGCACAAAACAUGAGUUACUUGUAUCAAGCAUUGUGUGCAAUGAAACAGAGGACAAGCUGUGAUGUCGACACAUCUUAUUCGGAUGGAACACAACCUAGAUACACUGAUCAAAAUAAAAGUGAUAUACUUUCUACGGAUGAUCUCAUAAACUGCAUGACAUCCCCUGAGGUUAUCAAUGCAAUGAUGUCUCAAGCUCUCAAAAAAUUUGGAAUUUGCCAAACAAUUAACUUGCCCUUGAAGUCUCCAAGUGUAGAACAGCAGAAAUUGAAGACCACACAGACAGUCAAAAUGGAGAGAAACUCGAAUUGCAAUUCUAGUUCUCGCAGUUAUGUACUAGAUGAAACAGUGAGAUCUGAAAAUAUUGGUUCAGGGUUUUCUCAGCCAUCCACUGAACAGGAAAUUUCAGAGCAUCCCCCACUGAAAAGAAACUGUACUGAAAAGGAAAGAAAUUAGACAAGUACUUAAUGUCACACAAAGGAUGAUACCCAGCAUGAACACGCCCCCCAAAUGGGGGUGAAAAUGUUGUCAUUGGGAGAAAGUACUUCCAUCCACGGGGCGAAUUCAUGGGAUGAUAACAAACCCUGAAAAGUUAUAGCAUGAGAGGUAGAAUUUAAUCCAAGCUGACAACCAAUUUCUGUUUGCAGUUAAAUUAAAAGAAGUGAUGAAUUCAUUCUUUCCAUGAACUUCUUUGCACAAAACAGAGCAGUUACAGAGUUUUAAAAUUUAAAAAAAUUUAAUAUUUAGUUAGUAUACAGGCUCUCGUUGAUUAAUAGAUGUUUAAAUAACGGUACAUAGGCAUAGCAGUGAAGAUUUCCUCUUUUUGAUAAAUGUUUUUGUUGUAAGUAGUAGGAGAAGUUUUCAAGAUGUAAAGAGCCUAAUCUUGAUGCGCAAAGUGGUGGACGAAUUGUUGAGAGUUAUGCAAACCCUCGCCUGUAUGGGGGGUUUUCGUAUUUUUCAUUUUCAGACGAGGCCUUACGAAGGUUAGAAUUCUACUGGUGCGCGAGAUACUAACGUGACAAUCCAUCAAAAGAGAAUCCUGACAGUGCACGAGAUACCAACGUAACAUACCAUCAAAAGAUAAGGCCAACAGUGCGCGAAAUACAUACAUCUUAUUAUGCCUAGACGUUCUGGUGUGUAGUAUCGCUGAGUAUUGUUGUCGGUUUAACAAGCCGACUGGUUAAACAUGUGUUAUUCAGUACAAAAUAACCAACUGUCCAAAUAACCGUGCAAUAUCGCAGGAUAUUUGUACUCUACCUAGUGCAGCUGAAUAAUAAUGACGAAGCAUUCCAUCAAAAUAAAAUCCUGUCG